AUGCAAGCUAACAAAUCGAGGGAGCUUCUAGAAAAGGAAGUCUCAAGCAAUCAAGUUGCCCUCGAUGACAUGGAUGAUACAGAUCUCCAGAAGUUGUGGGACCAAGCCGGGAAAGAUUUCUUCGACAAGACAGGCAUCAGUCUCAAAGACAGGAAUGGCCAGGAGAAGGCCGAAAACGGGUUCCAAGCUCAUGUCAGCGUCGCGGUAAACCAAAUUUUUGGGGGUGGAUCAGAUAAAGAUGCUGUCGCCGAUCCGGAAGGGCACCAUAAUACCCGUACAACGGAAAAAUUCAAGAGCAUAUUGACAAAACCCAAAAAGAUAUUCAAGGGGGUGUUUCGUGUGAUCUGGAAACUCCACGCGUUCCUCGAGGCCAUGGCCUCGAGUAUUCCCUUUGCGGGGGCUGGCGUUACACUGGUGGUGAAAUCCAUUGAGCUACUCAUCGAAACCACUGAGAAAUACCGCGAGAUAUUCGACAGCGCGGCAGUUAUGUUUCACGAGGUCGGGUUCUUCUCUAUGAGGUUUGACAUGGUUAUGGAAGCUCAGAAGGCUGGUGCAGCAGUGCAUCCUAAAUUCGUUAAAUUCCUGAACAUUAUCCUUAAGCACGUUGUAGACUGCGUCGCUCUGUACGUCAAAACAUUCCUGGACGCGGGGAAGUCGGAAGGCUUCAAAAAUGUUGCCGAAGUUACAAAGAUGUUUUUUUAA